UAAAACAUCUUCGGUGCUCUUUAACUAUCGUUUACAGGUUGACUGGAGAUCGUCUUGCAAUUGCUGCCGGAGUCGCCUUCAAAGCUUGCCUUCGCCAUCGUCCUCCGCUACAGCCCCGGUCAGCACCAGCUAUCUCUGCCGCCAGAUAGGACGAGGAAUUGGAUUGACACAGUUCAUUUUGUCGGUCCUCAUUCUUGACGGAGGCAGAGCGAUUUUGGACGAAUACAGACGCAGAGGAAUAUAGGGGAGAGAUAUUCAGAGAUUAAGUAGAGAAGGUUCUGUUACUGGAUAGGAUUAGCAUUAGCAUGCUCUUAGCCUGGCUUCGAUCGAGACCCAGCAAGCUACAAGAUUUGCCCAAAGCCCACCACCUCUUGUUCUUUUCUACUGCAGCUACUACAGCACCCUCGCUUCCACCUCCUAUAACAGUUGAUAUUUUGAAAGAAUGCAAGACCUUGAUCCAAGCCAAGCUCUUGCAUCAGCAAGUCUUAGUGCAGGGUCUCUUCCACUUUCUCAGCAACCUCAUUGGCACCUACAUAGCUUGCAAUUCCACUUUCCAUGCUAUUUUCCUUCUCGAGCGCCUCCAACCCUCCCCUUUCCAUGUUUUCUGGUGGAAUCAAUUGAUAAGGGUUGCAAUUCAUGGUGGGCUUCCUGAUCGUGUUUUGGGAUUUUACUGUCGCAUGAAGAGAAUGGGUUGGAUGCCUGACCAUUAUACCUAUCCAUUUGUGUUCAAAGCUUGUGGUGAGCUCAUGUCAUUCCAGCAUGGUGCUUCGCUUCAUGCCAGUGUGUAUCGAACUGGGUUCGAGUCGAAUGUUUUUGUUUGUAAUGCAGUGGUUGCAAUGUAUGGACGUUGCAGUGAGCUACAAUACGCACGAAAGAUGUUCGAUGAAUUGUCUUACAGAGGUAUUCAGGACUUGGUUUCUUGGAAUUCUAUUGUUUCUGCUUAUGCCCAGGGUAAAGAUUUCAAUAAUGCACUUAAAAUGUUUGAAAAAAUGUCUAAUGAUCAUUGGAUGUUCCCUGAUGCUGUGAGCCUCGUUAAUAUACUUCCGGCAUGUGCUUCAAUGGGUGCAUCAUCAAAGGGUAAACAAAUUCACGGGUUUGCUAUUAGAAGUGGAUUGGUUGAUGAUGUCUUUGUGGGUAAUGCUGUUGUUGACAUGUAUGCCAAGUGUGGUCAGAUGGAUGAAGCAAACAAGGUUUUUGAGAGGAUGAUGGUCAAGGAUGUCGUUUCUUGGAAUGCCAUGGUCACAGGGUAUUCUCAAAUCGGUAAAUUUGAUGAUGCUCUAUCUUUAUUUGAGAGGAUGCAGGUGGCAAAUAUUAGUCUAGAUGUUGUGACUUGGACUGCUGUUAUAGCAGGAUAUGCUCAGAAAGGACACGGUCAUGAUGCCCUGAAUGUGUUUCGGCAGAUGUGCUGUUGUGGGUCACAGCCAAAUGUGGUCACUCUGGUGUCUUUACUUUCAGGUUGUGCAUCUAUUGGAGCUUUGCUUCAUGGGAAAGAAACCCAUUGUUUUGCAAUUAAGUCUAUCCUCAAUGUUGAAGGACACGAUCCAGGGGAUGAUUUGAUGAUAAUUAAUAGCCUAAUUGACAUGUAUUCUAAAUGCAAAAGAGCCAAAAUUGCUCGUAUAAUGUUUGAUUCUAUAUCUCCAGAUGAUAGAGAUGUGGUUACUUGGACAGUGAUGAUAGGAGGGUAUGCACAACAUGGUGAUGCCAACCAGUCGCUACAACUAUUUUCUGAAAUGUUUAAAGUGGAUAAUUCUAUAAAGCCUAAUGACCUUACUUUAUCUUGUGCUCUAUUGGCUUGUGCUCGUUUGGCAGCAUUGAGGUUUGGUAGGCAAAUACAUGCUUAUGUGUUGCGAAAUCGUCAUGACUAUGUUGUUCUUUUUGUGGCCAACUGUCUCAUAGAUAUGUAUUCUAAAUCUGGAGAUGUAGAUUCUGCUCGUAUUGUUUUUGACAGCAUGGAGGAGAAGAAUUCUGUAACGUGGACAUCUUUAAUGACCGGAUAUGGCAUGCAUGGGCAAGGUGAAGAUGCUCUCUUAGUUUUUGAUGAGAUGAGAAAAGCAGGUCAUGUGGUUGACAACAUAACAUUUCUUGUGGUUCUUUAUGCUUGUAGUCACUCAGGAAUGUUGGAUCAUGGAAUUAAUUAUUUUUAUAGAAUGAUCAAGGAUUUUGGGGUUGUUCCUGGAGAGGAGCAUUAUGCUUGCAUGGUUGAUCUUUUGGGUCGUGCUGGUCGAUUGGAUGAAGCUAUGAAACUCAUUGAGAGCAUGACCAUAGAACCAACCCCUGUAGUGUGGGUGGCCUUGCUUAGUGCUUGUCGGAUACAUUCAAAUGUGGAACUUGGGGAAUUUGCUGUAGAACAGUUGGUAAGGUUGGAAUCUGAGAAUGAUGGGUCAUAUACAUUACUUUCGAACAUAUAUGCUAAUGCUAGACGUUGGAAAGAUGUGGCUAGGAUCAGAAGUUUAAUGAAACAUAUGGGGAUCAAGAAAAGGCCCGGUUGCAGUUGGGUUGAAGGAAAGAAGGGCACAACAACCUUUUUUGUGGGAGAUAAGUCUCACCCACAAUCUCAGAAGAUAUAUGAAAUUCUCUCUGACUUAAUUCAACGAAUCAAAGUACUUGGAUAUGUUCCUCAAACAAGCUUUGUUCUCCAUGAUGUGGAUGACGAAGAAAAAGGUGACCUACUUUUUGAACACAGUGAAAAGUUGGCACUUGCUUACGGCAUCUUAAUAUCACCUCCAGGGGCAACUAUUCGAAUAACCAAAAACCUGCGCAUAUGUGGUGAUUGCCAUAGUGCUAUAACUUAUAUAUCUAGAAUUGUUGAUCAUGAAAUCAUUCUAAGAGACUCAAGCCGUUUUCAUCAUUUCAAGAAGGGAAAUUGCUCAUGUAAGGACUACUGGUGACGAUGAGUAAGGCAAAAUCUAGUUCAAAUUAUUGCAACAAAAAAGGGGAGAAGAAGAAAUAGCUAGUUUGAUACAGAACACAAGCAAGGAAGCAAAAGAAGGAAUGAUGUGAAUUCCAGAUUGACUUUCCAUUGGUCAGGGUGCUGAGUUGGUUCUCUUCCCAAGAAUCAUCUACUGAAAACAUGAUAAAUAAGUUCAUACGAGAUAAUUCAAAUUUGGGCAUUUUUUAAGCCAGAGUCGCACAGCUCAGGUUGUUUCACACACAUUAUAUUUCCAUGAUAUAAAUAUGUAUGCUCUGCUGGUAGUUUUUUGGGGUAUUUAAUUGGUCUUUAAUUUGUUGUGGAUUGUUUUCAUUUUGUGAACUCUUGCUGUAGAAAACUUUUGUGAUUCCCUUUUUUUAUUUGAAUGGUCACUGGAAUUGUAGAUGUCUAGUCAUGAAAUGUAUUGCAAUUGGGAAGAAGACAUAAGCCUCAUUUGAUUGCUAGAAUUAUGACCCAAGAAAAGGUAAUCCAGAUUGCAUUCCAUUCCAUCAUUCAACCUGUUUGGUUGGCUUCUUUUCUAAGCAAUGCCGCUCACCCAGCAAUGGAGAUUGUUGCAAAUGAAAGAAUGUCCUCAUCCUUCUUGAUCAGGAAAGAACUUUUUGGAAUGUAAUGAUAUGUGUAUCGUUCUGACAUGCCCUUCAAGAGCCAAAAAAUGUCCAUUGAUUUGAAGCCCUUCUUGCUCUGGCCAUCGUAAUGCUGUUGAGCAAGGUGUCACCACAAAUGGAGCAGCUUUUGGUGUUGCCUGUGAGUUGAGAUAUGUGUUUUCUGUGUUAUAAUCCUAUCAUUAUGUGAAGCCUUCAUUAAUUGUUUUUUUUUUCCUUUUGGCUGACUCUUCCUGCAUUCUUCCAUUUAUUCUUUGUGUUGUAUGAAAUGUCUACUUUAUUUAGCAUCUUCAACUUCUUUUCUUUGAAAGUGCUUAAAGUUGUAAGCCCAAUGAGUUCUGUGACUUUUUGAACUGAAGGUUGUACAAUUAUUUUUCAGAAGUCAAUUGUCAACACAAAUGAGUAGAUGCUGAAGUGGAAGCUCAUAUUGACUUUUACCUCACUCAUAUUAACUUUUGCAACAAAAACACUUGAUAUUUUGACAAGUCUUCAAUUUGAAUUUGACUGUCCUUUUUUAUUCAUUAUGAUAGAUUUGGAUGUCUACCUUGUUAUUUAUAGCAUAAGGCUGUCCCUUUGAAGUUCAGGUAAUAUGCUCGUAAUUCUUUAUACUUUCCUUUUGUUGAGUUAUUUGACACUUGGGCUUUUAGGGCAACCUGGCCAAUAUUGUAGAGAUUAUUAAAUUAGUUGAUUUAUUGUUAUUAUUUGAUUGCAUUUGAUAUAUAUCUGAUCCGAUAUGGGCUUAGUUGCUUGGUAAGUGGGAUCCCUUAGGUGAAUCUCUGAUGUAAUCUUACUAUUGAGCAAUAUUAAUAAAUAUUGCAGCACACCAGGAGAAGUAAAUAACUUUCUUGGUUCAAUCGCUCUGCCCUUUCAUCAUGGCACCAAAGGGCCCCAAAUUUAAUUCGGUGUGGCUUGGAAAACUACAGGCCAGGAGGUAAAGAACAUUUCUUAGCAUGAUGAGGAAAAGUCAUCGACCUCAUCCCAGCUGAACGUUCAUGUCCCUCAAAGCGCCACAACAGAGUGGUCCCAGCCCUGUCUUCAUCACGCCACACUGUUUGAAUGGGCAAAACAACUUAUGACGGAGUAGCAGCAUCAGGUUGUUUGUCACCAGCAAAUGAAAAUAUGCCUACAUGUCCAGCGAGGCUACUCGUCCCAGUCCUGAAAGCCCACGCUACAGUGAGUGGGUUGAAAUCAACAGUAUGGUGAAGUCAUGUCUCAUCAGCUUGAUGACUUCAGAGAUCAGUCUCAACUUCAUUCUGUCCGAGACAGCUCUUGAAGUGUAGGUGGCGGUAAAGCAGACAUUCUCAUCUCUGAAAAACAAAGCUGCAACACUGACUAUUAAAACAUUCCUCCACGACUUCCAUCAAAACUCUUGUGGUGUUAUCGAUUAUUAUAACACUCUCAUGAGGCACUGGCAUAUGAACAGUAUGUAUGGAUGUGUUCUGCAGAUGCUGAAAUAUUUAGAAAAAUUAAAGAGGAUCUACAAAUUUCUCUUGGGCCUCGAGUCUGGAUUUGAUGACAUUAAGUGAAGAAUUUUAAGUCUUGAAAAGCAAAGAAGUCUGAUUCAUGGUGCGAAAUGAAGAAAACGAGAAGAAAUUGCUUCUUCAACCUGCCCGGCAAGUGGAGGAACCAAUCAAAUGAAGGAAGGCAUAAAAGAGGUAACAGACCCUUUUGUGAACAUCGCUCCAAACCAGUUCACGCCGAGUAUUUGUGUUGGAAGCUCCAUGGCAAGCCUCCCAAGGGGCAAUUCUGGGCAUGUGGCUCAAACCAAUAAAAAUGGAUUGUCUCUUUCAACUGAUCAAAUUGAAGUGCUUCGGAAACUCCAGGGAAGCCUGAAACAGUCUAGUGAUUUAAGCCCUGGUCUGAUGGCAAGUUCAUAAUGUCAGUUAUCUGCUCUGGCCACUGUGUCUUUGGAAGGUAAUAUUUGGGUCAUUGCCACUGAUCAUAUAUGACGGGUAACCCUUUGUGUCACUGAUUUUAUUCCCUGCUCGAAUGACCAAUUUGUGUCCAUUGCGGAUGGAUCUAAUUACAAGGUCAAAGGAAAAGGAGCAGCCACUGUAUCUGAAAGAUUGAAUCUUAAAAAUGUUUUGCUGGUUCCCAAUCUUAGUUGUAAUUUGAUGUCUGUUAAGAAAAUUACUGAGGCUUAUAAAUUGCCUGGCAAUUUUUUCUCAUGAUUAGUGUAUUUUUCAGGGCUUAGGGAGGGAGACGAUUGGCAUUGCUAAGGAGAUAGCUGGUCAUUUUGUGUUGGGGAGCAAUAAUAAAGAGAAUGAAAUUAAUAAAGCUGGACUUGCAGCUGUGAAUAA